CAUGGUCCUAGAGCCGUCCACUUCCUGCAGCCACUGCUCAACGCAAACCAUCACCUUACUGUAAAUGCGACGUGUCAGUGUCCCGAUUCAGAUGAGAAUAUGGAUUCUCCUCAGCCUGGCAGUCCACCUCUAGCGGACCAAAUACCUCCGUCUGCUCAAGAUGACAUGAAACCACAAGAGAGAGAUGCGCCAUCUAAAAAACGAAACAGAGGCAGGCCUCCAAAGGCCAAGUCGCCAUUUAAAUGCUCUGCCUGUACGGAGGUCUUCAGAAAUAUCUCGGCUCUUUCAAGCCACAAAUUGUCUGCACACUCAAAAGAACGCCCACAGCCACACUCUUGUUCUCAGUGCGAUAAAACAUUUCCCAACAAGGCUCAGCUCUCCAAGCAUGAGCGCAGCCAUUCUGCUCAGAGGCCCUUUCAGUGUCCCGACUGUCACAAAGCCUACAAGACUCCCACCGAGCUCCGCAACCACAGCCGCUCCCACACAGGUGAGAAGCCCUUUGUCUGCACUGAGUGUGGGAAGGCCUUCAUGCAGGCUAUAUGUCUGAGAAUCCAUAUGACACAGCACAACGGAGAGCGCCCAUACUCUUGCCGCCAGUGCUCCAAGAGCUACCCCACCUUAUCCAAACUGAAGGUGCAUAUGCGCUCACACACAGGGGAGAAGCCCUAUUUCUGUGCGGAGUGUGGGAAGAGUUUUGCUGACCCCUCUGUUUUCAGAAAGCACCGGAGGAACCACCAGGGCCAUCGGCCUUAUGCCUGUGAAGAGUGUGGUAAAACCUACACAGAACUGAAGGAUCUGAAGAACCAUGAGCGCUCUCAUACUGGUGAAAAGCCCUAUCUGUGCUCAGAAUGUGGGAAAGCCUUCUCUCGUUCCUCAUCUUUGGCAUGUCACCAGCGCAUCCACUCUCAGAACAAACCCUACCAGUGUGAACAGUGUGGCAAAGGGUUCACCCAGCUGUCCUCCUACCAGUCUCACCUCCGCACCCACUCCGGAGAGAAGCCCUUCCUCUGUCCACAGUGUGGCAAGAUGUUCUCUGACCCCUCCAGUUUCAGACGACACCAGCGCGCACACCUGGGUUUUAAACCUUAUCCUUGUGACAAAUGCUCCAAGAGAUUUAGACAGCCAGCUGAUUUGGCUGUGCAUGAGCGAGUGCAUUCUGGAGAGCGUCCCUUCAAAUGUAUGAGCUGUGACAAAGCUUUUGUAGCAUCAUGGGAUUUGAGACGCCACAUGCUUGUUCACACAGGGCUCAGACCUUUCUCCUGUACUGAAUGUGACAAGUCAUUUGCCGAGCGCUGCAGCCUCAACAAGCAUCGACGUGUGCACUCCGGAGAGCGCCCGUUUAAAUGUGGAGAGUGCCUAAAGUCUUUUGUGGUGUCAUCCAGUCUGCGCAAGCAUGAAAGAACCCACCUGAUAGAGCCGACAGUGCAACAACAAGAACAAGAGCCUGACACUGGGUCAGCCUGUGGUGUUAAUGCCAACACAAGCCUCCCUCAGCUCUCCUCUACCCACUGUGAUGCCACCUUUGGGGCAUGGGACGAAGUACAGGCCCCUGAGAGUCUUCACACUGUGGACUCGACUAGUACAGCUGUGACCAAAGUGGGCGUACAUGUUUGUGAGAUCUGUCAGGCAGAGUUCACUCAGCUGACCGAACUCCAGGAGCACGAGAAGCAGCAUCCCAAGCCCCGGCCCCACAUGUGCGACAACUGUGGUAAAGCAUUUCACAACAAAUCAGGGCUGCGCAAACACCAGAAGAUCCACUCCAACAGCAAGCCCCAUAGCUGUUCCCACUGUGGCAAAACAUUUCUGUUUGCCGCAUACCUUCGCAAGCAUUUACGAACUCACACAGCAUCUACUACAGCCAGUGCCUUGAACACUGUCCACACAGACCCCUUUCCCUCUGCGCCCAGCCCCACGGAAGUUCCACCCAGCACAGUAGAGGCCAGUGCUAUUGCUCUGACUGUCCCUGUCACUGCCUUUCCAAAUCUCCCAGAGUACUUGGUUAAGCAAGAGGAACUUUCCUCUGUCUAGUAUUUUAUCAGUGGGGAAUGAUAAUGAGAUCUUCCUUGAUGAACAUUACUUUUGUAUCCAGGUUGAUUCUUCUCAAAACAUAAUGUUAUCAAUAUGUAAAAGUUGUGAGUGUCAUGAAAAGACAUUCAGUAAAGGUUUUAUUACUUUACCAUUUUUAUUCAAUGUUUGUUCUCUGUUUCGUUCUCUGUUCCAUUGUGCUACAAUCUUAAUGAGCAAAAAAAAAUAAAAUAAUUAUAUAUCAAUUGUAAAUAUUCUGACUGAUUUUGGCAUAAACUUAACAUGUUUCUUCAUUUGGUGUUGUGUGUUAUUAGGAUUAGGGUUAAUUGAGCUUUCAGUGUAUAUCAUGUUUUAGCAAGAACACAUACAUUAAUGACUCAAAUCGUAAACGCAAAACCACACGACAUUUUAAUUAAACAUGUACAUAUUUGACAUUACCUAAAUAAUAAAUGCACAGUCUAUAUAUUUAUAAUUUCACCUCAACAAAGCUGUCUUUACUUUUGUCCUUUGGAAAUACUCAUUUAUCAAAGAAUACUAGAAUAAUUUAAGUACACUGCAGUGUAUGUACCAUUGCCUUUUAUUUGUCUGGAUCAAUAAAUGAU